AGGUUCGAGUGCAGGCCCCGAUUGCCAGCCGCCACACAGAUGUUACAUGCCGAAUGCCAAGCAUUUGGAGCGAUCAGCCAACAACCCUAACCCAGACCUGCUUCCCGUUUGGUCGAGGAUCACCCCUUUUCGCUUUGUUUACACAAAGGAAUCUGAUUCCCAACGGGGUAUUUUUGAUGCUAUGGAUGACACUGUGCCUCGGAAAUUGUGUUUCGGCCGCUUACGGAGAGGUCUGCCAUACAACGGACUUGGUCUGCGCUUUGAUAGAGUAUAUGCCCGGCUUGCUCGGGGUUUACACUCUUCUGUACUCUUCGACGACGUCUUUUUUCUUUUUUCCUCUUUUUUUAUUGGUUUUCUCUCGGACACUCCGGUUGACCAGGAUCGUAAUCCCCACUUUCACCUUUAUGCAACAGGCAUUUCUGGUUAUCAAUUGGUGCUAUGCUUAUCGUUCACUCUCUCGAUUACAAUGACUCGCAAUGACUGAGUUUUCUCGCACAUUCGCACCUUCUUACGACCAUGCUUCUUCAUUUCUUGUAACGGAUCCAUCAUCUGUCGACGAUCUUUCAGCAGUAUUUACACAGUUACAGUUGUGUUGACAGCGAACUACAGCUGACAUGAGUAUCCAAAAACAGCCACCCAUCAAACCGAGAUUUCCCGCAUCCACCCAAAAGCAAAAAGACAUCAAACGCAAAAAGCCACAAAAAAAAAGACACCAUCGGUCGAAACGGACGCG